AUGGCUAGUAUGCAUCAAAUAUCUGAAAACAUGUGGUGUGAGGUGGAGGUUCGAAGUAUGUCUGGUAGAGAUUAUAGUAUUGUUGAGUACUAUGCAGAGCAUGAGCGAUACCGUUGUGGCUACUGCAAGUCAAUCGAUACCAAUUACAGUCAUGGCAUGUGGGCACAUAGCAUGACAGUUCAAGAUUAUCAAGAUUUGAUUGACCGUGGUUGGAGGAGAAGUGGACGUUAUUGUUAUAAACCAACAAUGCAUGUGACAUGCUGUCCUAUGUAUACUAUAAAGUGUGCUGCCUUAGACUUCAAGUUGACAAAAUCUCAAAAGAAAGUGUUAAAGAGGUUUCAUAGAUUUCUUGCUCAAGAUGAUGUAAGAAAUCCAGAUGGCUCUCUUGGAGAAGGUUCUGAGACAUCAGAAGGUCCUGGUGAUGGGCCUGAGGUGAUGGACAUUCCUGACCUUCAUGAAAAAUCUGUAAGAGCUGAGAAGAAUUCUGAAAAUGCCAAAUUGUCUUCUGUUGAUCCUUCACUCACUGGACGAAUUGGAAAUAUUAUAAGUAGCUUGACUGACACACUGCCUGCAGCUGGACAAAUUUUGUCAGGUACUGGAGAAUUGUUGUCUGGAGCUGGACAGUAUUUGCCUUCACCUGGACAGCUUUUAUCAGGCACAGGACAACUUUUGUCUGCACCAGGAGAACUUUUGUCUGGCACUGGUCAACUUUUAUCUGCACCAGGACAACUUUUGUCUGGGACUGCCCAACAACUCUUAUCUGCACCUGGACAACUGUUGUCUGGCACCAGUCAGUUCCUCUCUGGGGUAAUAGAUUCAGCUUCCGAAGUUUCAGAAUUGGAAACGACUCGAAAGUCAAAUUCAUCUGUUUCAAGGAAAGGAUGUGAUGCUAGUAAACCCCCUUGCAAAAAGGCAAAACUAGUCCGUUUGGAACGUAAAAAGGAAAAAUUAAUGCAGAAAGGCUUUAGUGAAGAAGAAAUAGAAAAAAUGAUGGUUGGAAAUAAAAAGCAAGCCCCUGCGGCUAAAUCUUUGGAAGAUUUUCUAAAAGACACGCUUCCUGAUUCACCAGCUCAUAAAUUGGAGACGUCAAAUGAUAUGCUAUUGAAGGAAGUGCAAGAACUUAGAAAUAAUGGAAAUCUGGAAUCUGGGCCGAAUUCCUUUUCAUCGAAUUUUGAAGAAAUGUAUGGUGAAAUAAUUGAUCGAGAAAAGCAUUCAUAUAAUUUGAUUUUGUUGGGUGUCGAUGAGGGUCAAGAGACUGUGUCUACACAACAACGAUUGAUCGAUGAUAAACAAGCAGCUAAAACUAUUCUAACGGCUAUCACUGACAUCGAUAUUGGUGAAUUUUCAACAAUGAGACUAGGUCCCAAUAAUAAACGAGGUAAUCCUGCCAAAUCGUCAACAGAUUCUCAAACAAAUUCACCAUCUAGCACAAGACCAUUGAAAGUCAUAUUGAAAAAUCGCUCCUUGAUUCGACUGGUUCGUUCCUCGCCUCCAAGUGUAGAGUUCGAGCGUACAUCCAAACAGGCCCAUGAGGUCUAUCAGAAGUAUCAAUUUGCAAUCCAUGGUGAACCUCCGGAGAAGUGCUCUUUCCGGCAGUACACACGUUUCCUUGUUUCGUCUCCCUUAAAGGUAACAAGUCUUGCUGGACUUAGACUAAACUUGAGAGAACUAUCUCUUGUACGAUCACUUCACCAACAUGCACCUGCAUUGGAAUAUUACUAUAUGGGCUUUUAUAUUCACACUUGCCCUAAAAUGCGCUAUAAAGCAGCAUACACACCAUCUUAUUUGUUGUGCCCAGAGACCUACACUUGGCAUCCAGUUGUUGAAUGUAAAUGUAAAUUAGAUCAAAACCGCUACUGCCGCUUUGAAGAGGAUACUUCUAUAGUCGAUUCUGAUGGAGAAGUGGUAGUAAAUGAAAUUUUGGUGUUGUAUCGAGGCAGGGCAAUGCCUUAUUCAAUUUAUAGAGCAAUUAACAGAGAUCCAAGUGAUGUGGUUGAAACUGUGCAGUAUGCUCAACUAGUUGGCAUGAAAUGUGCGAGACGAAUGCUGAUUGAGGUGCGAACAUCAGUUAAUCGUCAGAAACAAUUGUAUGUUGGGUGUACUGCAGUAGUUGAUGCGCACAGUACUGUGGUCAGGCUGUGUUGCCAUGCCCUCACACCGUUGUUAUCUCGGCAACUACCAAUAAACACCAAAUCUAACAUUAUGGCUGAUAUCGAGGAUACUCAUUUUGAGACUGGGGACUCUGGCGCUUCUGUUACUUUUCCCAUGCAAUGCUCCGCUCUUCGUAAAAAUGGUUUUGUUAUGUUAAAGUCUCGCCCUUGUAAAAUUGUAGAAAUGUCCACAUCUAAAACAGGCAAACACGGUCAUGCUAAGGUGCAUCUUGUGGGUAUUGAUAUUUUCAAUGCCAAGAAAUACGAAGAUAUAUGUCCUUCAACUCAUAAUAUGGAUGUGCCUUUUGUUAAACGUGAGGAUUAUCAGUUGACAGACAUUUCUGAUGAUGGUUACCUGUGUCUGAUGGCUGAUAAUGGUGAUCUCCGCGAGGAUUUGAAGAUUCCAGAUGGAGAACUUGGCCAGCAGCUUCGUGCUGACUUCGAUGCUGGCAAAGAAUUGCUGUGCACUGUUCUCAAGUCUUGUGGAGAAGAAUGUGUGAUUGCCAUCAAAACCAACACAGCUCUGGACAAAUAAUUGUAGCUUGCUGUGGGGGUGGAGGAUGUGUUAAUGAAGAAAUGGUUGAUGCUAUGUGUACUACCACAACAGGGCAUUUGUUGCUGGGUGAGGUCUCGUCAAUGUCCCAUUCGCCAAAAUCAAUAAUGAAAAUCUGUUCCAAAAAAUUUAAGAGCAAAUGUACCAUAGCUGCCAGUUUAAAAAUUGGACCACCAUAUUUCUCAAGUAAAGCUUGUUUGUUUUCUAUAUAUGUUGCAAAUAAAAGCCCAGACAUAAUAUGAAAGUAUUGUUUGAUAUUAAUUUGAUUUCUUUGCUCUCUUUAUCCUGCAAGGGACAUGAAACUUUCGUUGAAUUUUUGAAAAAAUAGACUUAAUACUGCCAGCCUGUCGUACACUGCGAUUGUCACUUGUGUUCUGGGGGGCUGGUAGUUGUCCAUUGCUUUGUCUCCCACUUCCCUUGUGAUUAGUAAAAGAUGUGUAAAUUAUAAUUCAAUUGGGGAAUGGUGAAGGGCACACAAUGAAUUUUUAUUUUGUAAUUUCCUUUGCAGAUAGAGGGGGGGGUUGGUUUUUUGAGAAUUUGUUAAAAAUUGUUCAGUUCAAUCUCUCCUGAUGCCUGUAGUACAUCAUAUUCUGUACAAAAAACAUUAUAUAAAGUAAUUAAAGGGUUUAGGGGGUCAGUGAGAGAAAUUUUGGUGACAUUUUUUGACAUUGUAUUAUGCAUAUCUCAAUAUUGUUUCGUCAGUUUUGUUUUGUCAGUUGUAAGAGGUGUUGAACUGGAAAUAAUAAAUGUGUAAUGGAUGAAUUAUGCCAAUAACUUCUUUUAAAUAUGUAUUGCUCUAUGAUUCAGUUUUAGCUCUAAGUAGUUAAAGUACUCAUUUUUGAUAUCUUAAACCAUUCAGGGAUGUUUCUCUAGGGUGUCAAAUAAUCGUAUUUACUCAUAGUAGCAGUGGAAUGCCUUUGUCGUAGCAUUAAUCAAAUUAUUUUAAAUAAGAGCAUAUUUUACAUUAUCAAUAUAUGAAGUAGCUGUCAGCACAUUUAAAAACUAAAUUAGCAUGAGUUAGAGGCAAUAAGACUAACAAGGUACAAUUUCAUGGUUACAUAUCACAGGCCACGUGUGUUUAAAUGUACCACAUUUCUUAGCAAAUGACAUCUUUUAGGACUGCUGUGUUCAGAUCAUGUAACAAUACCAUCAAGCACCAGAGAACAUUCUUAUUUAGGGGAAUUUUGUUACCAAUCUUUGAGAGGGCUGAUAGGUUUUUAUUUAGGAAAGAGUUUCAGUUUUUGCACUAUUAGCUUUGCUAGUGCUUUAGGAUAUGGUUUUAUAAUUAAUUUUUAUUUUUUAUGCAAAUUUUUUUUUGUGAAGGUGGUAGCAAAGAAUUUUCACUUUCAAUUGCCUGAAAAGUGUAACAAGGGGUUUAAAAGAUUAUGACUGAACUUUACCCUUGCCGUCCUGAUCUGUGGUUAUUAAAUCUUAAGAGCUAGUCAUUUUUUGCUGCUCAGGCUAAACUGUCUGAAAUGGAAGUCCAGAUCAUGCAUAACAAACAAAAAAUCAUUGCAAGCUCUUUGCUACCAAUCUGUUACUGUUCCUACUGUGCUCCAAUAGACUAGCAGAACUAGACUGGUUAUGUCCCAUUUCAUUUGUGGCUUUUUAAUUUGUGCAUUAAUUACACGUAUGGCAUCACUAACUUUCUAAACUUCCAUUAGAUUUCCCAUUGUUACCUCAGGCAUAUAGCAUGUCAAGAACACACUUUUUCAGGUCAAGAAUACAUUUUGUUUCUCAGGAUAAUGAAAAGUGUGCUGUUUAAAGAAUUUUAACUGUGGCUACUCCUACUGUGUUUUGUUGGUGUAGUUCUGUUGUGACUUCAGAAUGUUAAAUGUGAAAUUUAUGGUUUGAUGUCAGCCAUGUAUUAACGAUAUUAUCCAUUGUUACUGGUAGUAGGCAUAAUUCUUUUUUUAAGUUGGUCAAGAGGCUAAGGGGUAAUAAAAAUUAAUGUAUUUGAAAAAUGAGCUUUUUAAAAGCUCAUCCCAUAAUAAAGUUUUUGACGUGUGGAUAUUCAGCAUUGAUACCUUAAUGUUACUUGUUGAAAUUCAAUGCCAGAUCCUCUAUUGUAGUUCAUUGCCUAUUUCACUUGGAUGCCAAUAUGGGGGGAAUAUAAUUUCAUGUGCUUUAGUGAACCAAUCUGCCAGUGACUAGACUUGGUGUAGCUUGAAAGCUUUGCCAAUAGCCUUGUGCAAUAAGUCACAUUUUGUGAACUUUCUAUUAACAUGGUAUGAUUUGGUUUAAAUGCUACAUGUGACUGGUUUGUGAAUUAGUUAAAAGAACUAGUACUAUUAAAGAAGAGACUGUAUUGACCUUGCUGAACAUUCAACAAGUGGUUUGUGUGGCUGUGGUGUAAUGUUUGAAUUUACUUUCUUUGAUAUGAACCCCACUCCCAUAUUUUGCUCAAUCGAGUUAUAACACCAAAAGGGGAAAAGUUGCAUGCAACUGAAUAUUUAUGUUGUGAUCCUCCUUGUCUUAUCAAUUAUCUAAAAAUUAGAUGGGAGGCAUGUUUCUUGGAGGUACUUUGUUUCACUCCAGAACUCACAUUUUUAGAGAAAUUGAGGGAAAGAAGGCAAACACUGCUUCGUUUCUUCAUGUAUCUAUUUACUAUAAGGAGUUAAAGAGAGAACACAAUACUCUUUUUGUGAGAACUUGUUGCCUAAACGUAUUAAGGGAAGAAUGUCUAGAUAAGAAUGGAGAAUUCGUUCAAGCUAUUAAUCUAAGAAAGCACAACCAGAAAGUUCAAACGUCAAAUCUCCUCCUUCCCCUCAGUCCAAAUGUUGGAUGAUCGCAUCAUUCUGUAUAAACAUGUAUAAGCCUAUGAAUAACUGUAUAUUGUACUCCAUUCCUGCUUUGCUUUUUUAGUAUUGAGGGUUAAUAUUUUGUUGUGCAAAUUUUGACAACUACAAGUCUGCCCCAAUUUUUUGUGGGUUGUAAUAUACUCGCAGUAAACAAUGUAUUUGGUUGUAAGUUGUGACAUUUGUUCAUCACAAAUGUACAGAUGUGACAAUGAAUAAAUUAAUCAUUCUUGGUGACAAUUUUAAUAAAUCUCUUUACUUUUACUCCCUCAAUACCUGUUGGUGUUAAGAAGUUAAUGU